AUGAGGACUUCCAUUAAGCUCCUGGUUGUGGCGAUUCUAGCCGUCCUCCUCGUCUCUGCCGCUCUUCCGAGUAUGGCUCGUUGUUCAGGAAAGUUGAGGAAGGUGGUGAAGACGGACACAUGCGUGGGCUUAAUCAUGAAGUAUUACAAGAAGGAGGCUCAGUUGUUUCAGAAGUACAACGGCUACAAAUCGAUUCUAGCCGUCCUCGUCGUCUCUGCUGCUCUUCCGACUAUGGCCGCUUGUUCAGGAGAAUCUAGGACGGUGCUUAUCACAGACACGUGCUCUGACUUGAUUUUGAAGCUAUACAAGAAGCAGGCCCAAUUGUUUGAGCAGCUUAACGGUUACAAGUCAGAGGGCAUGACUACUCGGUCACAAACGCUCCUUGUGGCGCUGCUUGGAAUUCUGAUCUUACUUCAAGGUCUAUUCACAGUGGCUGCUGCGAAACAACUCCCCAUGCGGCCAAAACCUCCCCUUCCUCAAACGAACCUUCGAGGCCAGCCUCGACGAGAAAGCCCGCCGCCGGCGGCGCCAAGUGGCCCAAUCGGAGGUAGCACGUUCUCAGCAGCUGCGAGUGCCACGUCAGCGCGCGUGGUGGUGGGAAUCGAGGGCAUGACGUGUUCGGCGUGUUCGACCGCCGUGGAAACCGCUCUCUCGAGAUUGCCGGGAGUCUCGGCAGCGGCCGUCGCGCUGCUGCAGAACCAAGCGCAAGUCACGUUCGACCCCGCUAUAGUCACUGAGAACGAGAUAGUCACCGCCGUAGAAGACGCCGGGUUUGACGCGAGAAUAAUUUCCCUAUCACGACCAUCCACCCGUGCGAUUCCCGCUGCAGCUGGCGUUACAUCUGCUUCGUUGGUUGACCGCGUGGCAGUGUCAGCAGCAGCGGCGCCGGCGGCAGCGGCGGCAUCUGCGGCGACGGCAUCUGUGUCUUCCACGUCAGCAGCUUCCGUUCCUGCCACGUCAGCGCGCGUGGUGGUGGGAAUCGAGGGCAUGACGUGUUCUGCGUGUUCGACCGCCGUGGAAACCUCUCUCUCGAGAUUGCCGGGAGUCACGACAGCGGCCGUCGCUUUGCUGCAGAACCAAGCGCAGAUCACGUUCGACCCCGCUAUAGUCAACGAGAACGAGAUAGUCACCGCCGUAGAAGACGCCGGGUUUGACGCUAGAAUCAUCUCCCUCUCGCGACCCUCGCGACCCUCGCAACCGACAGGAACCGCUACGUUGUCAGACUCUCGUGCGGAUUUGAUUCUCUCCCCAGGAAAUGCGGUUCCGGCUCAAGCUGCAGCAGCCGCGUUAGCUACUCAACCUAAUCUUGGCAUCGCGACUACCCCUAGUUCUGUCACCCCGUCCAUCGCCAAUCCCCUCCUCGCAUCCUCGCAAACCUUCAAUAUGCCAUCUCAGCCGUCGCAAUCCGGACAGCCGCUAUCAUCAUCAGCAGCAGCAGCAGCACCGGCAACGGGUCCGUCGCAGGACGCAGCAUUAUCCGGCCCGCAUUCGCCGGGCGUUGUGACAGUGCGAGUGCGAAUAACCGGCAUGACCUGCGCCGCGUGCGUUGCCGCAGUUACCACCGCCGUCCAAUCCGCGAACGGCGUGCGACUCUCCGUCGCGCUCGCCACCGAAACCGCGGAGAUCGCGUUCGAUUCCGCGAUUCUCGGCGUGAGAGACGCGCUGCGAUUGGUGGAAGAUGCCGGGUUCGACGCCGCGAUUCUCGGCACGGAUAGCGGGAGCGACAGGCUGAGCGUGACUGUAACGGGGAUGGGAGGCCGGGAUGACGUGGCAGCUGCUGUGGAAGUAGCGGUGUUAUCGGUGGCGGGAGUUAGGGAGGUAAGUGUAGAUGCUAGGAGCGGAUGGGUGGAGGUAGAAUACGACCCGGAAAUCACGGGGAUUAGAGACGUGGUGGGAGCUAUAGAGGCGAUUAGUCUGGUGGGGUUAGGGUUAGGUGGGGAGGAGGAAGGGGAGGAAGAGGAUGAUUGGUUGGGAGAGGAUGGAGAGGAGGGGAAGGGGGAGGAGGAAUGUAGUGAGGAGAGGCAAGGGAAAGGGAGAGAGGGAGAUGAAGAGGGAGGGGUGGAGGAGGGAGUGAAGGAGGAGAGUGGGGAAGAGGACGAGGAGAGGGAGAAGCUAGUUGGGCUGAGAUCGCUCCGCCACGGCAGCGCGAAUAUGGACGUGCUCGUCGCCCUCGGGACCUCCGCGGCCUAUGGCUACUCCCUGCUGACCCUCGCGGUGCAGAUGGGUUCUGGGCGGUACCUGGGGCACGAUUUCUUUGAAACGUCCGUGAUGCUGAUAGUGUUUAUUUUGGGGGGGAAGUAUCUAGAAGCCGUGGCGAAGGGGAAAACGUCUGAAGCGAUUCAGAAGCUGCUGCAGCUGGCGCCAGCGACGGCUGUGCUGGUGGAUGUGAAUGCAGACGGCAAGGUGGUGGCGGAGAGAGAAGUUGACUCGCGGCUGCUGCAGAGGGGCGACGUGCUGCGAGUGCUGCCCGGGGCGAGGGUGCCCACAGACGGUGUCAUUGUAACGGGCACCACCCACGUGAACGAAAGCAUGCUGACGGGCGAGUCAGCGCCGGUGGCCAAGGGGCCGGGGUCGCGCCUGCUGGGUGGUACAGUGAACCUCUCGGCUGGAGUGCUGCUGCGAGCGACUCAGGUGGGCAGCGAAACAGCCCUAGCCCAGAUAGUGGCACUGGUGGAAUCGGCACAACUCAGCAAGGCGCCCAUUCAGAAGUUUGCCGACCGGGUGGCAGCAGUAUUUGUGCCCGUGGUGGUGGUGCUUUCAGCAUGCACGUGGCUCUGCUGGUUCAUGGCUGGGAGCAUGGGGUGCGUUUCCUCCGCCAUGCUUCCCCCGGGGGUAGACUCGCAGUUCACCCUCCCGCUUCUCUUCGCUAUAGCCGUACUCGUUAUAGCGUGCCCCUGCGCGCUCGGAUUAGCCACGCCCACUGCGGUCAUGGUCGCAACAGGCGUGGGGGCGGCGCAGGGCGUGCUUAUAAAGGGGGGAGAGGCGCUAGAAGCAGCACAUAAAGUCACGUGCGUUGCUUUUGACAAGACUGGGACGCUGACGGUGGGGAAACCGAGGGUGGUGGCAGUGGUGCCUUAUGUUGGUGAUAGUACUGGGAGUGCUGGUAAUGAGGAGCUUUGUGAUACUAACGAGGGGUGUGAUAAUGAGGUCAUAUCUCAAGCUGAGCUGCUCUCCCUAGCAGCGGCAGCAGAGGCAAACUCGGAGCACCCGCUCGGGCGGGCGAUUUUGGACUAUGCGCAGCACUAUUUUGUCUUUUCUGGGGAAGGUUUCACCGGGGACGAGACUACCACUCCCAAAUCCGCCUCUUCCUCCUCCACCUGCUCCUCUCUCUCCCUCCCUGCUGAGUCGUCUCUCAAACCGUCCAAGGAUAUGAGCUGGAUGAAAGAAGCAACAGAAUGUGAGGUGCUGGCAGGGAUGGGGAUUCGGUGCAAGGUGGACGGUCAGGUGGUUCUGGUGGGCAGCCGGCACCUGAUGGAACACCUGGGCGUUCAGGUGCCUGCUCAGGUGGAUCUUCUGUUGCAGGCUCAGGAGGAGGAGGCGCGGACAGGUGUCAUCGUAGCAGUGGGCGGCAGGCAGGGCGGGAGUGGGGGGGAGGGGAGUGUGCAGGAGGGGAAUGGGAGGGAGGAGGGGAGAGGGAAUGGGAGAGUGAGGGAGGGGAGAGUGAGGGUUGUGGGGAGUGUGGUGAUCAGUGACCCUGUGAGGAGGGAGGCAGCGGUGGUGGUGGAGGGGCUGAGGCGCAUGGGGGUGCGCGCUGUGAUGAUGACAGGGGACAACCGCCGCACUGCUCAUGCCGUGGCGAAACAGCUGGGCAUCUCAGAGGUCAUAGCAGAGGUGCUACCGGCCCACAAGGCAGCCGCCAUUCGCUCGCUGCAGAUGGCGCCUCCCCCAGUCGACCCUGCACCUGCCACCAGCAGAACCUGCUGCUUCUGGCGCUCCUGCUGCUGCUGGUUGGUGUCUCGUUUGGGGCUGCAAAGGGCCCUUGGCUGGUGUGACUCUUCUUGCUGCUCCACGUGUGCCGCUGCUACUACCUCUGCUGCCGCCGCUGUGGGUCUGAGUGGGAGUGAGAGUAAGACAGUGGUGGCGAUGGUGGGCGAUGGGAUUAAUGACGCUCCCGCUCUAGCUGCAGCAGAUGUGGGUAUCGCUAUUGGUGCCGGCACGGACGUUGCGAUUGAGGCAGCAGAUUUUGUCCUCAUGCGGUCGAAUCUGGAAGAUGUGAUCACUGCGCUGGAUCUCGCACGGAAGACUUUUUCGAGGAUCAGGUGGAAUUAUGUCUUUGCGAUGGGGUAUAAUAUCUUGCUGAUUCCGCUGGCGGCCGGGGUGCUGUAUCCGGUGUUUAUGGUGCGGCUGCCGCCCUGGCUGGCCGGCGCAAUGAUGGCGCUUUCGUCUGUUAGCGUGGUGUGCUCGUCUCUUCUGCUGCGUAUGUACCGCCGCCCGAAGCUGCCGGAGCUGCUGUUUGGGAAGAUGAAGAAAGGGGGGGAGUGGUGUGUUGAGACAAUAACGAGAAACAGGACGCUUCGGUCACCUACAUUCAUAAUGGCAGCAGCAGCGCCGCUCCUGUCGGCGAGCGCAAUCGCGCCCGAUCGCCUCCCUCCGCGCGCCGCUUCCCCUGGCGCGUCUUCCGCUUCCCCCUACGCCGCCAUUCCCUCCGCCAGCGCUCUAAAUUCCAGCAAAUUCCGCGGGGCGGCGCUCCGCUUUCCGCCUACUCCCCCAUUCCGCGCACGCCUGCGCCAUGCGCACGUGCCUGUACACGCAGUGCCGGAGGCGGCGGUGGGGGGAAGCGGCGGAACAGCGGAGGCGGAUUGGCGGACGAAGGCGCGGCCAAUCAAGCCUGGCGGGAAUUAUCCUGCCAAGGAGCACUGCAGCCAGUGCGGCCUGUGCGACACAUACUACAUCGCGCAUGUGAAGGACGCAUGUGCCUUUCUCGGGGAUGGCAUGGGGAGGAUAGAGGUGCGUGUGGUGUGCACGGUGCAUGGGAGAGGCAGGAAGGAGGGCGAUGAGGACGAAUUUCACUUCGGGCCCAUGGAGGCGCGGGUGCACGGGCGGGGCAGGAGGGAGGGCGAUGAGGACGAGUUUCACUUUGGGGUGCAUCAGGAGAUGCUCUAUGCUCGCCGAACACCUCCCCUGCCAGGAGCGCAGUGGACGGGCGUGGUGACAGCGAUAGCAGUGGAGAUGCUGAGGAGUGGAAAGGUUGAUGCAGUGAUAUGCGUGCAGAGUGACCCAUCUGACCGCUUUGCACCGCGCCCCGUGCUGGCGAGGACAGAGGAGGAGGUGAUGGCAGCCAGGGGGGUCAAGCCCACGCUCUCACCCAACCUUAACACCCUCGCUCUUGUCGAGCCCACCCUCUCGCCCAACCUCAACACCCUCGCUCUUGUGGAGGUGCGUGGUGAUUGUGUUUGUGCUGCUUGUGCUGUGGUGCUUGUGUUGUGCUGCUUGUGCUGUGGUGCUUGUGUUGUGCUGCUUGUGCUGUGGUGCUUGUGUUGUGCUGCUUGUGCUGUGGUGCUUGUGUUGUGCUGCUUGUGCUGUGGUGCUUGUGCUUGUGCUGCUUGUGCUGUGGUGCUCGUGAUUAGAUAG